GCUGCCCGCCGGCCCCGGGCCCCGCGCCGCGGCCGCAGCCCCGCCGCCGCCCCCGCCGCCGGGGACAUGUCUAACCCCGGGGGCCGGAGGAACGGGCCCGUCAAGCUGCGCCUGACAGUACUCUGUGCAAAAAACUUGGUGAAAAAGGAUUUUUUCCGACUUCCUGAUCCAUUUGCUAAGGUGGUGGUUGAUGGAUCUGGGCAAUGCCAUUCUACAGAUACUGUGAAGAACACACUCGAUCCAAAGUGGAAUCAGCAUUAUGACCUGUACAUCGGAAAGUCUGAUUCAGUUACGAUCAGUGUAUGGAAUCACAAGAAGAUCCAUAAAAAACAAGGUGCUGGAUUUCUUGGUUGUGUUCGCCUUCUUUCCAAUGCCAUCAACCGCCUCAAAGACACUGGUUAUCAGAGGUUGGAUCUAUGCAAACUUGGGCCAAAUGACAAUGAUACUGUUAGAGGACAGAUAGUAGUUAGUCUUCAGUCCCGAGACCGAAUAGGCACAGGAGGACAAGUCGUGGACUGCAGCCGUUUGUUUGAUAAUGAUUUACCAGACGGCUGGGAAGAAAGACGAACUGCCUCUGGAAGAAUCCAGUAUCUAAACCACAUAACAAGAACUACGCAGUGGGAACGUCCAACACGACCGGCAUCUGAAUAUUCUAGUCCUGGCAGACCUCUUAGCUGCUUUGUUGAUGAGAACACUCCAAUUAGUGGAACAAAUGGUGCAACAUGUGGACAGUCUUCAGAUCCCAGACUGGCAGAGAGGAGAGUCAGGUCACAACGACAUAGAAAUUACAUGAGCAGGACACAUUUACAUACUCCUCCAGACCUACCAGAAGGCUAUGAACAGAGGACAACACAACAAGGUCAGGUAUAUUUCUUACAUACUCAGACUGGUGUGAGCACAUGGCAUGAUCCAAGAGUGCCUAGGGAUCUUAGCAACAUCAAUUGUGAAGAGCUUGGUCCGUUGCCUCCUGGAUGGGAGAUCCGUAAUACGGCAACAGGCAGAGUUUAUUUCGUUGACCAUAACAACAGAACAACACAGUUUACAGAUCCUCGGCUCUCUGCUAACUUGCAUUUAGUUCUAAAUCGGCAGAACCAAUUGAAAGACCAACAGCAACAGCAAGUGGUAUCGUUAUGUCCUGAUGACACAGAGUGUCUGACUGUCCCACGAUACAAGCGAGAUCUGGUUCAAAAACUGAAAAUUUUACGGCAAGAGCUCUCCCAACAACAGCCUCAGGCUGGCCAUUGCCGCAUUGAAGUUUCCAGGGAAGAGAUUUUUGAGGAAUCAUAUCGACAGGUCAUGAAAAUGAGACCAAAAGAUCUCUGGAAGCGAUUAAUGAUAAAAUUUCGUGGAGAAGAAGGCCUUGACUAUGGAGGGGUUGCCAGGGAGUGGUUAUAUCUCUUGUCGCAUGAAAUGUUGAAUCCGUACUAUGGCCUCUUCCAGUAUUCAAGAGAUGAUAUCUAUACCUUGCAGAUCAAUCCUGAUUCUGCAGUUAAUCCGGAACAUUUAUCGUAUUUCCACUUUGUUGGACGAAUAAUGGGAAUGGCAGUGUUUCAUGGACAUUACAUUGAUGGUGGUUUCACGUUGCCGUUUUAUAAGCAGUUGCUUGGGAAGUCAAUUACUUUGGAUGACAUGGAGUUAGUUGAUCCAGAUCUGCAUAACAGUUUAGUGUGGAUUCUUGAGAAUGAUAUUACAGGUGUUUUGGACCAUACCUUCUGUGUUGAACAUAACGCAUAUGGUGAAAUUAUUCAGCAUGAACUUAAACCAAAUGGCAAGAGUAUCCCUGUUACUGAAGAAAAUAAAAAAGAAUAUGUCAGGCUCUAUGUGAACUGGAGAUUCUUACGAGGCAUUGAGGCGCAAUUCCUCGCUCUACAGAAGGGAUUUAAUGAAGUAAUUCCACAGCAUCUGCUGAAGACAUUUGAUGAGAAGGAGUUAGAGCUCAUUAUUUGUGGACUUGGAAAGAUAGACGUUAAUGACUGGAAGGUAAACACCCGGUUAAAACACUGUACACCAGACAGCAAUGUCGUCAAGUGGUUCUGGAAAGCUGUGGAGUUUUUUGAUGAGGAACGACGAGCACGGUUACUUCAGUUUGUGACAGGAUCGUCCAGAGUGCCUCUGCAGGGCUUCAAAGCUUUACAAGGUGCUGCGGGCCCGCGGCUCUUCACCAUCCACCAGAUUGACGCCUGCACUAACAACCUGCCCAAAGCCCACACUUGCUUCAAUCGCAUAGACAUUCCGCCUUACGAAAGCUAUGAAAAGUUAUAUGAAAAGCUGCUAACAGCCAUCGAAGAAACAUGUGGAUUUGCUGUGGAAUGAACUUCAAGGACCUACCCAGGACUCUAUUUAUGCCCCCGACCGACAGCCUCCUUUCAGCAGAGUUCCAAGGAAUGCUGAAACACAGGAAAAUGCCCUCCCCCCUUUAAAUUUUAGGACACUGUGAGGGGAAAGGACAAUUUUGAAAUUCCUUUUCAAGGAAAAAAGAGGUCUUUAUGCUUUGCCAUGAGGCCACAUUCAGCUGCUAUUUAAAAUUAAUAUCUUGAACCUAAAGAAUGCUGACUUUUCCUGCAUUUCCAGAGUUAGGCAGUAUUCUACACUUAAAGACUACUACUAUUUUUAUACAAGGUAAUCUACUCAGAUCGCUUCACACACUUCAAGUCUCUCAAACGUCGAGACAACUUCAGCAGUCGGUACAAGUCACGUUGCAUUUUGAUUGAACACAUGAUUGGAACAGCUCCUGUACUCGCUCUUUGUAAAAGAAAAGAAAAUAAAAUUAUUUUGAAUUAUUCUACCUUUGUAAACAA